UUUUUUUUUUUCUUCCUCUAGUCGACAUUCUUUUCUUUGGUCGCGACUCUCUCUCUCUCCCUCUCGUUUGUAUUUUCUAUAACCCUCUCUCUCUCUCUCUCUCUCUCUCUCUCCUCUCGGCCUCUUCUCGUUUGCGAGCACUUGGCUGUGUCAGUUGUCACUCUCUCUCAGAUUCAUUAGAGCUCGUCUUUUUCCCACUGAAACUCUCUGCACUCUUAAACCCUCAUCUCCCAAAAUCUCUCAAAUCUCUCCGUGGGUUCUCAUCUCUUCUCAAUACCCACCAAAACCCACCUCUCAAAAUCCUAUCCUUCCUCCUCAAUCGAUGGGGCCGUCUUCAAUGGCCUCUCCUCUCUGCACGUGGCUCGUGGCCGCGUGUAUGUCUUCCACGUGCGACGCGGCGACCGGCCGUUGAGGUCACCGUCGAUACGGUUCAAGAACAGGAGAUCCAGCGAUCGGAGGUCGUCGAAGGGGAUCGUCUCGGCUUUGUAUGGAUCGGGGAUCAGUAGUUUGAUGAGCAGAUUUGAGCCCUGUGAAGAGUUCUAUAGAUCAAUGAGGGUUGUUACUGAUCGAAAGCAGAAAAGGGCUUCUAACUGUGGGAAAGUGACAGCAAUAGCUGUGAAGCCUGCGAAGCAAGUGGAAGAGAAGAGAAGAACUAAUACGAAACAAAGAAGGGUUGUGGUGACAGGGAUGGGCGUCGUGACUCCAUUAGGCCACGAGCCUGAUGUUUUCUAUAAUAAUCUCCUCAACGGUAUAAGUGGAAUCAGUGAAAUAGAAAAUUUCGACUGUGCCGGCUAUCCAACGAGAAUUGCAGGAGAGAUUAAAUCGUUUUCAACAGAUGGAUGGGUGGCACCAAAACUAUCUAAGAGGAUGGACAAAUUUAUGCUUUACAUGCUUACUGCGGGUAAAAAAGCUCUAGCGAAUGGUGGAAUUACUGAAGAAGUUUUGAAUGAGCUAGACAAGACGAAGUGUGGUGUUCUUAUCGGGUCUGCAAUGGGUGGCAUGAAGGUCUUCAAUGAUGCAAUCGAAGCUUUGAGGGUCUCAUACAAGAAGAUGAACCCCUUUUGUGUUCCAUUUGCAACUACAAAUAUGGGUUCGGCUAUGCUAGCAAUGGAUCUGGGCUGGAUGGGCCCGAACUAUUCAAUUUCAACUGCUUGUGCCACAAGCAACUUCUGUAUCCUGAAUGCAGCUAACCAUAUCAUAAGAGGUGAAGCUGAUAUAAUGCUUUGUGGUGGCUCUGAUGCAGCAAUAAUACCUAUUGGGUUGGGAGGUUUUGUGGCAUGUCGGGCACUUUCACAAAGAAACAAUGAUCCAACCAAAGCUUCACGGCCAUGGGAUAGUGAACGUGAUGGAUUUGUUAUGGGAGAAGGUUCAGGUGUACUUUUGUUGGAAGAACUUGAGCAUGCUAAGAAAAGAGGAGCAAAUAUAUAUGCUGAGUUUUUGGGAGGAAGUUUCACCUGCGAUGCUUACCAUAUGACAGAGCCACACCCUGAGGGGAUGGGUGUUGCUCUUUGCAUAGAGAAGGCAUUAAUGGAAUCUGGAGUUGCUAGAGAGGAUGUCAACUAUGUAAAUGCUCAUGCAACUUCAACGCUAUCUGGUGAUGUGAAAGAGUACCAAGCUCUCAUUAGUUGUUUCGGUCAAAAUCCCAAGCUGAGGGUGAAUUCUACAAAGUCCAUGAUUGGUCAUCUUUUAGGAGCAUCUGGAGCAGUGGAAGCUAUUGCUGCAAUUCAGGCAAUUCGAACUGGCUGGGUACAUCCAAAUAUCAAUCUGGAAAAUCCAGACACAAGUGUCGAUGCAAAUGUUCUUGUUGGUUCUAAGAUGGAAAAGAUAGAUGUAAAAGUGGCACUAUCAAACUCCUUUGGCUUUGGUGGCCACAACUCAUCGAUUCUCUUUGGGCGCUAUGAACAAUAGUGGUAGAUCAAUCGUACUUCAUUUUAAUCGGUAUUGUUGGAUUCUAUAGAAAUAUCAAGCCAAAAUAUUGUCUGGUGCGAAAACUAAAAUUUUGAAUCAUGAAACAUGCUUGUUUGAGCCAGUCCGUGCAUCGAGGAAUCUGUGCCAUUACAUUGUUAAACCAGAUUAGUAUUUGUUUCAUAUUGAGACUUGUUUGC